AUGGGCGAACAAGUCAAGGUCUUUUUCAAGCAGAAAUUCCAAGAAGUCCAAGCAGUCAAGGAACGUGAGCGGGAUUUUAGGCGGAGGAAGAAAGUUGAGAGUGUCAAGAAGCAAGCCAGGCUGCAGAAGGGACAUCGAGGAGAAGUUGAGAUGGAGAGAGAGGAGAAAUUUGAGGAAGCGGCCAGGGAGUUUAGGAGGUUGAAGAAGGAGUUUAGGGAGAUGGAGAGGGAGGUAGGGGAUGGAAAGGGGGAGAGGAGGGGACGGAGGGGGUCUCAACCGAUGUUGGUGAGUUUUACAGAUGUUCCUCUUGAUGAUAUCAACUGAUACCUAGCUCCUUUUGAGGAUACUCAUAAUCCAUUUGAGAACAUAGAUCUUCUGAAAGAUCUUAAGGGAUUUGAAAGACUUCAGAAAAAAUCUCCAAUUAAAUAAAAUAAUGGAAGAUGGUAUCUGUCAUAGAACAAUUACCAUUCCUGGAUCUAUGACAACAAAAGCUAGUUUAGAGCCUAGUAAAAUCAACUUAAAGCAAUUACUAAAAGAACUCCAAAAACAAUCAAAACGUCCAAAACAGCUCAGCCAAUCAAACCAGGCCAACCCCUCUCCCACUCCGCCCCUCCACUCAAAACCCUCCGUCCCUAAAAUCCCAGCUAAAAUCCCUACUCCUUCGCACAAUUUCAGCCUACGAAGAAGAGACCUCUUCUUCCUACAGAAUCUGUAA